CCACCUCUGAACGUCAACGUCAGCAGCCAGGGCAGGCCUACUAGCCUCUUUCUGAGCUGGGCAGCCCCAGGGCCAGACAAGCUGAGCCAUGCCCUCCGCCUCACCCGCCUGAGUCCCCUGGGCUCUCCAGAAGGGCAGCCGCUCCAGGCCCACACCAACGCAUCCAGCUUUGAGUUCCGGGACCUGGUGCCAGGAAGUCGCUACCUGCUGGAGGUGACUGCCCUGCAAGCCUGUGGACAGAACACCACCGUCACAAUCACCGCCCGCACCGCCCCAUCGACUGUCUGCAACUUGCAGUUCUACAGCUCUGGGAGCCCAUCCAGCCUCGAGGCCUCUUGGGGGGCUGCCCCCGGGGAGCAGGAUGGCUACCAACUUCUCCUCUACCACCCAGAAUCCCAGACACUGGUGCACAAUAUCUCCAUGCCACUGGGCACCCUGUCCUAUAAUUUCAGCCACCUCCUAGCAGGUAGUGAGUAUGUUCUGGAGGUUACUACCUGGGCUGGCAACCUCCAGGCGAAGACCAGCGUCCACCAGUGGACAGCCCCCGUGUCUCCUCCCAAGCUGGUGCUGCGGACCCUGGGCACCAGUGCCCUACAAGCCUCCUGGAACAGCUCCGAGGGGGCUGCCUGGCUCCGCCUCGUGCUCACGGACCUCCUUGGUGGCACCAACCUGACCGCGGUGGUCAGACGGGGGCUCUCCAAUCACACCUUCCUGCACCUCUCUCCAGGCACCCCCUACGAGCUGACGCUCAGUGCUGUGGCCGGGCCCCAGCAGGUGGCGGGGCCCAAUGCCACCGAGUGGACCUAUCCCUCUGCCCCUCUGGAUCUGGUGCUCAUUCCCCUGCCCUCUGCACUCUGGGCAAGCUGGAAGGCAGGGCCGGGUGCCCGUGAUGGCUACCUGCUCAGGCUGAGCGGGCAAGUGGAAAAGAACAGCACUCGGGGCCCUGGAGCCCUCAAUGCCACAUUCCCGGGGCCCCUGCCUGCUGGACACUACAUUCUGGAGCUGAGGGCUCUGGCUGGGCCCUACAGUACCUGGGCCCGGGCUAGUGCCUGGCUGCAUGAGUCUGCUGCCCAGCCCAGACAGAGCAACGGGACCAAAUUACAGCUGGAUAGGCUGGUGGCCACUGGGGAGCCCAGGAGGCAGGCACAGCUCUAUGAUGAGGGAGCCCCAGGCCUCCUGGGAAACACCUCUGUGCCACCUGCCACCACCCGGAGCACGACCCAGAGCCUCACAGACCAUACCAUCCCUGCUCCUCCUGCCAACCUGAGCCUGGGCCUCGCCUCCCAGCCUCCUGCCCUGAUGGCCUCCUGGAGCCCCCCACCCGGGGACAGGGAUGGCUUCCAGCUGUGGCUUUACCGCUUGCGGCCCCUGACUCUGGAAAGCAGGGAGACUCUGCCUCCGGAAGCUCAGAACUUCUCCUGGGCCCGGCUGUCCCCAGGCACCGAGUUCCUGGUUCAGCUGGCCACCCUGCGGGGGCCAGAUGAGAGCAGCAGAGCCAAUGCCACAGGCUGGACGCCCCCUCUUGCCCCUCCUCUGGUAAAUGUGACCCCUGAAGGUCCCACCCAGCUCCGGGCAUCCUGGGUCCAUGCUCCUGGGUCACGAGAUGGCUACCAGGUGACUCUGUACCAGGAAGGGGCCCAGGCAGGGGUCAGCACCAUGGGAGCUGAGGUGGACAGCACGAGCUUCUCAGCCCUGACCCCAGGCACCCAGUACGAGGUGGAGAUUGUCUCAAAGGCUGGGCCCCUCCGCACGGCAGCUGCCAACGCUUCCGGCUGGACCUCCCCGCUCACGCCCAGUGAGCUGCUGGUGUCCAUGCAGGCGAGCAGCGCCGUAAUCAGCCUGGCCUGGGCCAGCGGCCCCCGGGGGCACGGGCUAUGCCAUGCCCAACUCUCAGAGGCUGGCCGCCUCUCCUGGGAGCAGCCCCUGGGGCUCGGCCAGGCCCACCUCAUUCUAAGGGACCUCACACCCGGACGUAAUCUCUCCCUGUCCAUCCUGUGCCAGGCGGGGCCGCUCCGGGCAUCCACUCACCCCGUGGUGCUGCCUGUUGAGCCUGGCCCUGUGGAGGACGUGCAGUGUCAGCCCGAGGCUACUCACCUGGCCCUGAACUGGAUGGUGCCCUCGGGGGACGUGGACGUCUGUCUGGUGGUGGCGGAGCAGCUGGCCACGGGAGGGGACGCGCACCUCGUCUUUCAGGCCAACACCUCAGGGGACGCGCUCCUCGUGCCCAGCCUUGUGCCUGCCACGUCCUACCGCCUCAGCCUCACCGUGCUGGGCAGGAACGGCCUGUGGAGUCGUGUGGUCACCCUGGUGUGUGCCACUUCUGCGGAGGGCUGGCACCCCCCAGACUUAGCUGCAGCCCCCCAGCUGGAGCCAGAGGCAGGGACAGGAGUGAUGAUCACACGGGGUAUGUUUGGCAAGGACGAUGGGCAGAUUCAGUGGUACGGCAUCAUUGCUACUACCAACAUGUCACUGGUUCGGCCCCCCCAGGAAGCCAUCAACCACACGUGGUACGACCACUACUAUGGAGGAUGUGACUCCUACCUGGCCAUCCUGCUUCCCAACCCCUUCUACCCGGGGCCCUGGGCUGUGCCGAGAUCCUGGAUGGUGCCUAUGGGUACAGAGGACUGUGGCCAGACCCAGGAGAUAUGUAAUGGGCAACUCAAGCCGGGCUCCCAGUACCGGUUCAGUGUUGUGGCUUUUACCAGACACAGCCCUCCUGAGACCAUUAUCUCCUUCUCGGCCUUUUCAGAGCCCCGGGCCAGCAUCUCCGGGGCAGCCAUGCCCCUCCCCGCGGCGGUGGCCAUCAUGGGGGGCUGUGUCCUCACUGUCUGUACCGUGCUGGGCCUGCUGUGCUGGAGGAGGGUGAAGGGGCACAGGGCAGAGAAGACUCGGUUUUCCCAAGAGCUGACAGCUUACAACCUGCGGCGGACCCAUCGGCCCAUCCCAAUUCAAAGCUUCCGGCAGAGCUAUGAGGCCAAGAGUGCGCAUGCUCACCAGGCUUUCUUUCAGGAGUUCGAGGAGCUGAAGGAGGUGGGCAAGGAGCAGCCCAGACUGGAGGCGGAGCACCCGGCCAAUGCCAUGAAGAACCGUUACCCACACGUGCUACCCUAUGACCACUCCCGGGUCAGGCUGACCCAGCUGGAAGGAGAGCCGCACUCCGACUACAUCAAUGCCAACUUUGUCCCAGGCUACACCGACCCUCAGGAAUUUAUUGCCACCCAGGGGCCUCUCAAGAAAACUCUGGAGGACUUCUGGCGGCUUGUGUGGGAGCAGCAAGUUCACAUCAUUGUCAUGCUGACUGUGGGCAUGGAGAACGGGAGGGUGCUGUGUGAGCAUUACUGGCCAGCAGACCCUACCCCCAUCACCCACGGUCACAUCAUGGUCCACCUGCUGGCUGAGGAGCCCGAGGAUGAGUGGACGAAGCGGGAAUUCCAGCUGCAGCAUGUUGCCCAGCAACAGCAGCGGAGGGUGAAGCAGCUGCAGUUCACCACCUGGCCGGACCACAGCGUCCCCGAGGCCCCCCGCUCCCUGCUCACCUUUGUGGAACUGGUACGGGAGCAGGCGAGGGUCAUCCAGGGCACCGGCCCCAUCCUGGUGCACUGCAGUGCGGGUGUGGGCCGCACGGGCACCUUCGUGGCCCUGUCAAGGCUGCUGCGGCAGCUGGAGGAGGAGCAGACGGUGGACGUGUUCAACGCUGUGUAUGCGCUGCGGCUGUACCGGCCCCUCAUGAUCCAGACCCCGAGCCAAUACAUCUUCCUGCACAGCUGCCUCCUGAACAAGAUUCUAGAAGGGCCCUCUGCCACCUUCAAGUUCCAGCCCAUCUCGGUGACAAACUUUGCACAGGCCUGCGCCAAGAGGGCGGCCAAUGGCAACGCUGGCUUCUUGAAGGAGUACAAGCUCCUGCUCCAGGCCAUCAACGACCUGGCUGACUCUUCUGCGCCCCCUCCUGGCUAUGAGCAGGACAGCAUGAGCUCCUACGACGACUAUCAAGUGCGGUUUUCUCCGGUGGAGGACAGCCCCCCUAAUGAGAUGCUCGAAGCCUGUCUUUUCUCUGGUGGGCCUUCGGGCCAUGACCACGUUGUGCUGACUGGCCCUGCCGGGCCCCAGGAGUUCUGGGAGCUGGUGUGGGAGCACGGGGCCCACGUACUGGUCUCCCUGUGCCCGCCUGACACCUGGGAGAAGGAGUUCUGGCCAACGGAGACGCGGCCUAUUGUCACAGACAUGGUGACCGUGCACUGGGUGGCCGAGAGCGACACGGCAGGCUGGCCCUGUACCCUCCUGAGGGUCACACAUGGGAAGAGCAGGAAGGAGAGGCAGGUGCAGAGACUGCUGUUCCCUCGCUGGGAGCCAGGGCGGGAGCUCCCGGCCACCACCCUGCUGCCCUUCUUGGCUGCCGUGGGCCGGUGCUGCUGUCGGGACAAGACGAAGCCGGGCACGCUGCUCAGCCACUCCAGCAAGGGUGUGGCCCAGCUGGGCACCUUCCUGGCCAUGGACCAGCUGCUACAGCAGGCGGGGGCUGAGGGCACCGUGGACAUCUUUAACAUGGCCUUGCAGCAGUCACUGGCCUGUGGCCUCAUGACCCCAACACUGGAGCAGUAUAUAUACCUCUACAACUGUCUGAACAGCGCACUCAUGGACGGGCUGCCUUGAAUCAGCACUGGUCACCGUGCUCAUGCGGGAGCAGAAGA